AGGCGCUGGAUGACAUCGAGCCAGAAGAAGGCCUCCCAGUGGAGGAGACAGAGACUUCGUUGUUUGCCAGCCCCUCUCAGACUGGCCUUAUUGGAGUGCUGAAGCAGUUUUGCCUCCUGGGCUCCGUUGUCCGCGCAAAGGCCCGCUGCAUUCGUCGCCGUAUCCCCGCCAAUCCCGAGGCUCAGCCGCUGAGUUUUGCGCCGGCUGUUGCUGCUGGCCUGGAGGCUGCUCUUCAGAAGCUGCUCACUCUCUCGCGUUCCCUCUUCCUCACCACCAAGAAUGCUGGUCAACUGAUGGCUACUCAAAUGGUGAGACCGUACCCUCUGCUCCUGCAUAUGCCACUUUUGUGCAAUUUAAGCCCAGAUUUGCGUUUUGCUUGACACAGUUCGAAGCAAAACGACUUGUUCUGAUUCAAUAGCAGAAACACCCGUACAGUCAGCUGCGAGUUUGGCUUCAAAUGUUUAUGUUUGAUGCCUCAGCCCGCCAAUUUCAUAGGACACGAAAUUCAGAAUGGAGACCGAAAACACGAUUAAGUAAGGUUAACAGAAUGGGCAGGACCAGAGAACUAGGCUAGUUUCCUCCGUAGUUCGCCCAUCUUUCUCGACGAGAGAUAACUAAUGGCGAAAUGACUUGUGUACGCCUGGAUUAACUUAUGAUGAUAAGUAUAGGGACGAUAUCAGCCCCACCGCCUUGCCUUUCAGUAGCCUAAUGUUCCGACGCGUCUAGGUGGCUGGAGGCGAGGUUCACCACGGCGGGAAAGCAUUCGCUUUUCUCGACCAAGAAUUGCUGCAGUUCAUUGCUGCUCUCUCGCUCAGUCACAUUCGCCACAUUACUACUACUACUACUACUACUACUACUACUACUACUACUACUACUACUACUACUACUACUACUACUACUACUACUACUAA